AUGUGCGGAAUUCUUGCCCUGAUAUUAGCCAAUGCUUCAGAGUCUGCCAGCGUCGACCUCCAUGAAGCGUUGUAUCUACUUCAACACCGUGGUCAGGACGCUUGUGGCAUAGCAACAUGUGCAUCAGGUGGACGGAUAUUCCAGUGCAAAGGAAAUGGAAUGGCCGCAAAAGUCUUUCAUGACGGUGCACGCGUGGCCGAUUUGCCUGGCUUCAUGGGGAUCGCUCAUUUAAGAUACCCAACUGCGGGCAGCAGUGCUAACGCAGAAGCGCAGCCGUUCUACGUUAAUAGUCCUUAUGGUAUCUGCUUGGCUCACAACGGCAACCUGAUUAAUGCUAUCGAGCUCAAACGAUAUCUUGACUAUGAGGCGCACCGGCAUAUCAACACCGAUAGUGACAGCGAAUUAAUGCUGAAUGUUUUCGCGAAUGAGUUGAAUGAAACAAAAAAGGUCCGUGUCAACUGUGAAGAUAUCUUCACUGCGUUGACAAAAAUGUAUGAGCGCUGCGAAGGUGGAUGGGCCUGCACCGCCAUGUUGGCGGGCUUUGGUGUCCUUGGUUUCCGUGAUGCUUAUGGCAUUCGUCCCUUGGUGAUGGGUUCGCGCCAAUCCACCAACGGCUCUGGUAUGGAUUAUAUGAUGGCGUCCGAGUCUGUUGCUCUGGACCAGCUUGGCUUCUCCAACAUUCGAGAUAUUCAACCUGGGGAAGCUGUUAUUAUUCGAAAGGGAACCGAACCAGUAUUCCGUCAGGUGUGCCCGAAGAAAGCAUAUGCACCUGAUAUUUUUGAAUAUGUUUAUUUUGCCCGCCCGGACUCCGUUAUUGAUGGCAUCAGUGUCUAUCGAAGCCGACAACGCAUGGGUAACAAACUCGCACAGCGCGUGGUUGAUGUACUGGGGCCCAAGGCUAUAGAAGAAAUUGAUGUUGUCAUUCCAAUCCCAGAGACGUCUAAUACAUCGGCCGCCAGUGUCGCGCGGUUUCUUGAUAAACCAUAUUGCCAAGGGUUUGUGAAAAAUCGAUAUGUUUUUCGAACGUUCAUCAUGCCAGAACAGAAGGCCAGACAAAAAGGCGUCCGGCGAAAGCUUAACGCCAUGAAAUCGGAAUUCAAAGGCCGGAAUGUCCUCUUGGUUGAUGAUAGUAUUGUUCGUGGCACAACGAGUCGCGAAAUUGUCACGAUGGCAAGGGAUGCUGGCGCGAAGACUGUGCAUUUCGCCAGCUGCGCGCCUAAAAUUACCCAUGCUCAUAUCUAUGGUAUUGAUCUUGCUUCACCGCAGGAACUAGUUGCGCAUAACCGCGAUACAGAAUCGGUUGCGGCUCAUAUUGGCGCUGACACAAUUAUCUAUCAGACCCUAGAUGAUCUAAAGGAUGCCUGCGCUGAGAUUUCCAAAGAAAACGGCCUAGAAGAACCUACCAAAUUCGAGGUCGGCGUCUUCUGUGGGGACUACGUGACACCAGUUUCAGAAGGCUACUUUGAUCGUCUGGAAAAGGCCCGUGGCGAAGGGCGAAAACCCAAACCCGUUAGUUCACCGGAUGCACAUACUGAAGCAAAUGGAGUUACGUUAGAUGCAAAGAGUAAAGCCGUGCCCACUCCAUCUAUGUACCCUGAGCAACUUGCUAUGGGCUCUAAAAACCAUCAAAAUGAUGGGGCAGAUCGUCCCCCACAAGUCAAAGACCGAAUGGAUAUCUCCUUGCAUAAUUUUGGAGACUACGCCUAA